CCCCCCACACACGAGGACUCCAGCGCGCGUGAAUGGAGUGUGCCGUUCAAAAACCCCGCGAAAAAGUGUCAAUUAGUGGUACAAACCAUCACGCAGGUUUGGAGUGGCAUUCCAGCCGACACGAAACGAGGCGUCUUAAAUCAUUUAAAGCCUCCACAAACGAAGACUUCGUCGUGUGCGUUAUCACGACGUUCCGGUGCAGUGUUGAUCCGUUUUUAUUUCUUUUUAAAAGGAACCGUUGCCGUUGUAGUAAACCUUUGUUGUUAAAAAUGAGUGAUACUAGGUACCUCCCCAAAAAUGUACUCAAUAAAUUUAUUGAAGUAUAUAGAGAACAUCCUGCGCUCUGGAAAAUUAAGUCAAAAGAUUAUACCAAUAAAAAUUUAAAAAAUGUGGGUUAUGACGCUUUAGUAAACAUCUGUAAAGAAGUUGAGCCGAAUGCGAAUAGAGAAUAUGUUAGUAAAAAAAUCCAAUCCUUACGUGGUUCAUUCAGAAAGGAAUUGAAAAAAAUUGAACAAUCUCAGCGCAGUGGAGCUUCGCCUGAUGAUACCUUAUGGUAUUUUGAACUGUUACAAUUUACUAUUGACCAGGAACUUCCAACUGAAUCAAUUGAAAAUAUAACAAGUGAAACACAAAAUAUUGAUGAAGUUGAAAGUAUUUUCCCCACAGAAGAACAAAGUAAUGACGAUAUCCAUAGUCAGACAGCAGAGGCUUCGAAAAGUAAGGCAACUAGUCAAUAUUCAAAUACAGAAAGAAAAAAGAAGAGAAUCGAAAAGGAUGAAACUAAAGCGUUUAUGAGGGCAUGCACAUCUGCUCUCACAAAGCAUGAAGAAUUUACAGAAUUUGAGGCAGUUGGGAUGAAUGUCGCAGCUAAAUUAAAACGCAUGGACCAAUCACAGGAAAUUUUGGCUGAGUUUUUAAUUCAAAAAAUUUUAACCAAAGGCUUGUUAGGUCAACUCACUCAGGUCACGGAUAUUUAUGAAAGACAGCAAUGGACAUCAACAACAUCCUUGCCUCUAACCUCACCUGCAUCAAAUUCAUCAAGUGACGUGCGUCAGUAUUAUGAGAAUGCCGGCAAUUAUAAUUUCUAAAUAAUUAUAAUUACAAAUUAUUUGUAUUUGUUCAGAAUUCAUCUUUUUUUUAAAGAAUAAUAAUUAUUUGCUUGUAUUUAUGAAUCUAAUAAAAAUAUCAUUCUUACCUUUAAA